AUGGGGCCGCGAACUCGCUUCUCUUUCGAGCUGAAGACGCAAAGGCGCCUGGACGCUGUUCUCACGGACCCAAUCUUCAAGGAGGCGCAACAGCGGUGGGGGAUCCACAGUCAGACGCGUGUGUGUGCCUUUCGGUUUGAACAGGAAAACACCAGCGGCACUGUGCAGGAGGGUGCGUCGCACGGUGGCGGCGUCGUGGUUGCUGGUGCGCUGCGGUUUUCCGGGUUUCACAAAGGGAUGCUGCAGGACUUGCUGGUGUCUUUCUUUGAGUCAACCGCAGUGCGUGAGGCGCUCGCGCUUUGUGCUGCGCCGAAAGCGUUGGGUGACGCCGUGCAAUACACCGAGCUGUACUGUAGCUGGACGACCUUGGAGCCGUUCAUGCGCCUUGUCGAGGCGGGAGUCGUGCGGCGUGUGGAACUUUCGGAAGAUGUUCCCCGUGAUGAGGCAGAGGCAGCCAUAUUUGACGGUGCCGUUCGUUUUCCCGUCGUCCGGCGCGCGGAUGUCUACCUUCCGCACGACAUUGCCGUGACGGAUGAGCUGCGGGCGCUCUUCCUGCUAGCACCCAGCCGCGCCAUGUGCCACGAGGAGGAGGAGGAGGAGGACGAGGCGUGGAACACGUGUAGUUACGGCUCCGGCGCUAGGCUUUCACUUGGCACACUCCGAGGUAUUUUCAGUGCGACGGAGCGGUCCGAGUUUUUGUACCACAUUGUGUGGCGUUUUGUGGCGGGUGGCGGCAACAACAACCAGUGGGACGAGGACUUGGGCGUGUACUUGGACCUGGCGCGGAUGUGGUACAAGAGCCUUGUCGCCAUCCGUGCGGUGCAUACGGAGGAGACGACAGCUGUCGCAGGCGGCAUGGACGAGCCCGAUCGGGCUGCAGACGUGGACAGUGGCGCGUUGAUACCGGAGGUGGUCUCAACGGUGGUCGCUGUGCAGGCGGUGGGUGGCCUCUCCCUCUUUGCCAGAUCCGACGAGGUGGAGCCUAGUAACUUGAACUACUGUUACGUCUGCAUUGACCCGGUGGAGGCGGAGGUGGUGGUCUGGUACCACUGCCUCUAG